GUGACAGAGGAAGAAGAAGAAGAAACCUCAGCCAUGGCCAAUUGCUUCGCGCCACAAUUAAGCUUCCCGUCCUUCACGCCACGCCACUCCAGCCCUAGAAUGUCACACCAAUCACCAAAACCAAGCACGAGCACCACCACAAGCAUCUUCACCUCCGCAACAAAGCUACUAUGGGGACCAUCUCUUCCUCCAGGUUUACUUAUCUCCACCGCUCGAACAGCUUGGACCACCGUGUGGCAGCUCAUGAUGACCCAACUCGCUCCAUCUGAUUCAUCCGGGUCAUACACCCGACCCACUUCCAAAUUUCGUCUCGACCCGACCCAAUUCACUUCCGCUGCUUCCUCGGAGCUCCAUCUCUACGUUGGUCUUCCUUGUCCUUGGGCUCAUCGAACCCUAAUUGUCCGAGCUCUCAAGGGUUUAAACGACGCCGUUACAGUCUCAAUCGCAUCGCCUGGUCAAGAUGGAUCAUGGGAAUUCAAGGAUAACAAUAUCCCAAUCAAGGAUAAAGAUAAACUUAUCCCGAGUUUGGAUAAGGCAAACCGGUGCCGGAAUCUGAAGGAAGUGUACAAAUCAAGAACCGGAGGUUACGACGGGAGGUGUACUGUUCCAAUGCUGUGGGAUUCAAGGAAGAAAGAAGUUGUUUGUAACGAAAGCUACGAUAUUAUCGAGUUCUUCAAUUCGGGUUUAAACGAAUUGGCACGAAACGCUGAUUUAGAUCUUUCGCCACCAGAGUUGAAAGAGAUGAUCCAAGAUUGGAAUCAGAUUGUGUAUCCUAAAGUUAACAAUGGUGUUUACAGGUGCGGGUUUGCGCAGAGCCAAGAAGCGUAUGAUGGAGCAGUGAAUGAACUCUUUAGUACCUUAGAUGAGAUUGAGGAUCACUUGAGUAGUAAUAGAUACUUGUGUGGAGAAAGCUUAACCUUGGCGGAUGUGUGUCUCUUUACAACUCUGAUUCGUUUUGAUCCGGUUUACAACAUUCUAUUCAAAUGCACCAAGAAGAAGCUUGUUGAGUACCCGAAUCUCUAUGGCUAUUUGCGGGACAUGUACCAGAUUCCUGGUGUUGCGGCUACUUGUGAUAUUUCGGCUAUAAUGGAUGGGUACUACAAAACGCUGUUUCCGCUAAACGCAAGUGGAAUUCAACCGGCUAUUUCUUCAUCUGGCGAUCAAGAAUCUCUCAGGAGACCUCAUAACCGAGACUUGGUGGGUAAAGCCAUGGAAGCACAACUUGCGGUUUAAGCAUAGAAAACUGUACAUAGCUCAAAUGAUAGGAUGAUGCAACAGCACUCAAAAUUAUCAUACAAUGUAAUAAGCUUUGAUCUUGUAC